AAUAAUCAAACAAAGUGUUUCUUAUGCAUAAAAGAAAACAGAAAUUGUACUGAACAAAAUAAAUUAAGACUAGAAAAAGAAAUAGAACAACAAACUACAACAGUAGUACAAUUAUUCAAACAAUACCUAAAAAAACUAAUAAUAUCUAACAAAAACAAGAAACUUAACGAACUACUAAAAGGAAUAACAUUACAAAUAGAACCAUCAGGAUCUUUUGAUAAAGAAUUAUUAGAAAAUAAACAAGAAAAUUGA